UCCGGGGGGAAGGCUGGGGAGAACGGACCGCGUCCUGCUGGCGGAGCCGACGGGCGGAGGGGGCUGGUUACUCGCUGUUCCGGGACCCGCAGCAGCAGCACCCGCAGGCACAGACCCCGCGCCCGUCAGGUCUUGAAGUGUAAGGUGCAGGCUUCUCUUCACGGUGCAUGGACGGAAAGCCAAUGCGCAGGUGUACCAGUACUCGACCAGGAGAGACCGGAAUGGAUGUGACGAGCCGUUGCACCCUUGGAGAUCCCAACAAACUGCCAGAGGGGGUACCACAACCUGCUCGCAUGCCCUACAUCUCAGAUAAGCACCCUCGACAAACCUUAGAGGUUAUCAAUCUUCUGCGGAAGCACCGGGAGUUGUGUGAUGUGGUACUAGUCGUGGGUGCCAAAAAGAUCUAUGCACACCGGGUGAUACUUUCAGCCUGCAGUCCUUAUUUCCGAGCCAUGUUCACUGGGGAACUGGCAGAAAGUCGGCAGACAGAGGUAGUGAUUCGAGACAUCGAUGAAAGGGCCAUGGAGCUGCUGAUUGACUUUGCAUACACUUCCCAGAUCACAGUGGAAGAGGGCAACGUCCAGACCUUACUGCCAGCUGCUUGCCUACUCCAGUUGGCUGAGAUCCAGGAAGCCUGCUGUGAGUUCCUAAAAAGACAAUUGGACCCUUCCAACUGCCUGGGUAUCCGGGCUUUUGCUGACACUCACUCCUGCCGUGAGCUGCUGAGGAUUGCCGACAAGUUCACACAACAUAACUUUCAGGAGGUGAUGGAGAGUGAGGAGUUCAUGCUUCUUCCAGCCAAUCAGCUCAUAGAUAUCAUAUCCAGUGAUGAGUUGAAUGUUCGCAGUGAGGAGCAGGUGUUCAAUGCAGUGAUGGCCUGGGUAAAGUACAGCAUUCAGGAGAGGCGACCCCAGCUACCCCAGGUGCUACAACAUGUCCGUCUGCCACUACUCAGUCCCAAGUUCCUGGUGGGUACAGUCGGCUCAGAUCCACUCAUUAAAAGUGACGAAGAAUGCAGGGACCUGGUGGAUGAAGCUAAGAACUACCUGUUGUUGCCCCAAGAGCGGCCGCUGAUGCAGGGACCAAGAACUCGACCACGCAAACCCAUCCGUUGUGGAGAAGUGCUCUUUGCAGUGGGAGGCUGGUGUAGUGGGGACGCAAUUUCCAGUGUGGAGCGCUAUGACCCUCAAACCAAUGAGUGGCGGAUGGUGGCUUCCAUGAGCAAAAGGCGCUGUGGAGUUGGAGUCAGUGUUCUGGAUGACCUCCUGUAUGCUGUGGGAGGCCAUGAUGGUUCUUCUUACCUUAACAGUGUAGAAAGAUAUGACCCAAAGACGAAUCAGUGGAGCAGUGAUGUGGCUCCCACCAGCACCUGCAGGACCAGUGUUGGAGUGGCAGUUCUCGGGGGAUACCUGUAUGCUGUUGGUGGCCAGGAUGGCGUCUCUUGUCUCAACAUUGUGGAAAGGUAUGAUCCAAAAGAAAACAAAUGGACUCGGGUGGCUUCCAUGAGUACCAGGCGCUUAGGAGUGGCAGUGGCUGUGUUAGGGGGCUUUCUCUAUGCUGUGGGAGGCUCCGAUGGGACGUCGCCUCUCAAUACAGUGGAGCGCUACAAUCCCCAAGAGAACCGCUGGCACACAAUAGCUCCCAUGGGGACUAGACGGAAGCACCUGGGCUGUGCAGUAUACCAGGACAUGAUCUAUGCUGUGGGAGGCCGAGAUGAUACCACAGAGCUCAGCAGUGCCGAGAGAUACAACCCCAGAACCAACCAGUGGUCUCCUGUGGUUGCCAUGACAUCACGGCGGAGCGGCGUUGGCCUUGCAGUAGUGAAUGGACAGCUAAUGGCAGUGGGAGGCUUUGAUGGCACAACGUACUUGAAGACCAUUGAAGUGUUUGAUCCUGAUGCUAACACAUGGAGGUUGUAUGGCGGAAUGAACUAUCGUCGACUGGGAGGUGGUGUAGGCGUUAUCAAAAUGACACAUUGUGAAUCCCAUAUAUGGUAAGCGUCUAAUGGAGGGAAAGCCCUUGGUUCUCAAUCCUGUACAAACUGAAGAGACUUACUGACUCUGGAGCUCUGUGCGGCUCUAGUAAAAUAUAGAUCCACCUUAAUUCUUUGCUGGUGCCUCUUUCUAUGGAAUUAUAAAUAAAAUGACUUUUUGAGCGCACAUCCAAUGGGAGACCAUCUUGUCAGACUCCAGGAACCAUCUACUACAACUAGAAGCUUUGCUUAUGUCCAUAUUUUUUUCUAAAGUCUCUUGGUUUUUGAAUAAACUGAACUGUAAAAGUGACUGUAGCAUAAACAAUGACCUGGGACUGCAAGCUGUGCCAGGAGUCUGGCAAAGAGGAGGGCCUCUCCUCCUCCAGCAGUGGAAGUGGCAUCCAUGCAGUGGGUGAAAGAGGAAAGUGAUACUGAAAAUAGUGCUUUUGCCUUAUUUACAGAGAGCUUCAUUUAAAAAAAAAAAAAA